AUGUGUACGGAGGCGUGGCGGAGCGCGGGCGUGGCUCGCUCGCCCUCCCACGAGUCGGUCACGACGGAUCUCUCGCUCUUCAGCGUGUCCUCAGCGGCCUCGGAUGCUAGGGUGCUUCGGCUGCUUGCUUCCAAAGCUGGCCAAGGGCCCGAUCCCUCCAUCAGAGUUGCAAGCCCCAACCCAGAUGGUAAGGCGUCCAAGCGUUCCUCGGCGGCCCUGCCCCUGGCCUCGGGCGAGAGCGGCGACGCUUGCCGGGAGGUGCUGGCCGGCUGCGCGGCCCUGUGCGCGCAGCUAGGGCUCCGGCGCUCCUUCAGCUCGGGCGACGUGUGCGCCGCGCACCAGGCGCCGCCGCCCCGGAGUGCCACAUCAGAGGUGGGUCUGUGCGCAGCCCUGGAGGCCCUGACGAUGAACGCCACGUCGCGUUCUUGCAGCACCUGGGUAGCAGUGGGGGGCUCUCAGCUGCCGUCGCCUCAACGCGCUCACCCUUCCCACCUCACCCCCCGUCCGCUGCCUAGCGACAACAAAAAGGUCCGGCAGAACUACAUCAAGAAGAGGCUGCUGACCACAUACAGAGCGUUGGAGAGGAUGUCCCAGUCCGAAUUCAAUUUGGACCGGCUGGAGCAAGCCGCCGUCGCGUCGGUGGCUGGCAGGGCGGUUGGCAACACCUUGGCGGCUCCGGUGCCGACGCCGCGCGCGCACACCCGCCUCCUGCACCCCGAGGCGGCUCAUCUGGUCCUCACCGCCGCAGACCUGGAGCGCGAGCGUGGACGUCCGCUCUCCAAGUACGAGAGGAACAUGAUGAUCUUCAACUGGCUCCACACCCUGGACGAGGCCGCCCCCUUC